AUGUUAACCUCAUCCAUUGAUAACGAUGAGGAUCACUUUCGUGAACGUCUGGAUUCUAUCAAUAAAGAGAUGCAGGACAUCAUUGAUCGUACGGCAAUCCAACGAGAUAAAAUAUUUCGCAGCAGCGCCAUAAGGUCAUCGCCGUGGAGUUUGGCAGACGGUCAAAUCAUGGGAAUUACAGACUCUAUCAAUAUUCCUCAUAAUUUUUCUUCUACUACUACUACUACUGCUGCUGCUACUGCUGCUGAUGUUGUUGUUGCUGCUGCUGCUCCUACGCAAAGGAUUCUAGAUGAGGCAGCUCUUAAACGAAUAGUGGCAGAUGAAAUGAACAAGUGGAAAAGUACUUUUCAACAAAAUCUUAAUGACACCGUCAGUAAUGUACACUCGGAUGUGGAUCGUCGCUUUGAGGCCGUGCAGAAAUCUCAACUGGAACUUGCAGAAUCAUUGAAGGAAGCCGUAGAAGCAUCACAGCGGAGUAUAAAGGAAGUUCAGACAGUUCUUACUCAAAUGCAACGUACAUCCGGUCGAACCGUAGAGGAUCUCGCUAGAGAACUCGAUAAAUAUGUGAGAAAGAAUUCACUGGAGCAGACUCGUUUAUGUGAUGCGGUUGCGGCUCUGGAAAAUGAAUCACGGAUUGAUCAACAACGUGGUGAUCGUCGUGUGGAUGAACUUGUACGUCGUCACCAUGAUCUUGUGCGUAACUCAUUAUUACAGUUGGAUGCCCAUGUGGAUGGUUUACGUGAUGAACUGCAGUCUACUCUGCGUGUACAGGCUCGUCAAGCUGCAGAAGAGAGCGAUUUAUUACAUCAGCAAGUGUCUCGUGUACAGGGUUCAUUAGAAGCGACAAAUGAUACCGUGGCAAGAUGGGUUGCAGAAUUACGAACACUGAUGGAAGAGAAUAUCACUCGUCGCAGUGAAGUACGUUCAUGUCGUCGUGAUUUUAAUCGACUGGAGAUGUUGCUGCAGUGUCUUCCUGUUACGGAUGGUAAUAAUAGCGGUGGUAUCAGAAUAUCGAAGGAAAAGGGAAACGGAACUCAAGGUGAUAUAAUGAAUAUAUCCAAUGGAGGAGGAGGAGGAGGAGGAAGAGGUGGAGGAGUUUCAAGAGAGGGAUUUAUGGCAUUGAAUGAGAAGGUUGAUUUUCUCUCCACAAAUAUGCAAAAGAUGGAAAAACAAAUAGUAAUGAUGGAUACAGCUUUGCGAUCUUUAUUUGCACGUGGGGGUGCUGCUGCCGCUGCUGGUAAUAAUGCUUCCUAUUUAAGUCAAUCCCAUUCGGGAAUGAUGGAAGGGAGGAGUUAUCGUCCAAGUCCGUUGGAUACAAGAAGUUUUCAUACCACUGAUCCCUCCCAACUCUCACAAGAUGUCUCUCCAAUGAGUAUGGGAAGUCAACAUCAACAACAACAACAAAUGAGGAUGAUGAUGCAAAAUCGUUCUUCUCUUGGUCCAGGAGUAAUGGCAAGAGCGCACGGUGGAUUGUCACCAAUGAGUUCAUCUACACCAUCUCCAAUGUCUGCCACUACACGCCUUGGUAACGCUCCAAGUUUUGAUCCAAGAAAACAAAAUCAUCACUACCAACAACAACAACAACAUCCCCAUCACCAAUAUCAACAUCAACAGCAUCAACAUCAUUAUCAUCAAAUGUUACUACAACAACAACAACAACAACAGAGACAACAAGAAGAAGAAGAAAAGCGUAGAGCAUCGUUGAUGGGUGCAGGAUCAAGAUCUCGUCAUGUCUCUGGGGAAUGGGGAAGUCCAGCAGAUCGCUCAGGUCCCUCAUCUCGGAGAUUCCCUCAACGAAUGGAAGAUGUAAUGCAUUCACAACAGCGAGAGGUUCCGCAUGCGUCAGAGUCCACAGCCUCUGAAGGCGCUACAAAAGGACCAACAUCUCAAAAAAGUGAUUCAGAUGUGAGAUCACAUGUACCUACCCCAAGUGAUUCAUACGUGACUGAUGCUGAUGUGAAUGAGCGAGACGAAGACACAUCUAUGCAGUAUGUCCCUGCUCCUUCAAGUGAUGUUGAGAGUGAGCUGGAAAAUAAAAAGUUGGCUCGUUUGGCACUAGACUAA